GACGAAACGUUAGCCGCCAGGUCGAGCAAACCACACACACUGACGCACCCCGUGAGACGUGAGGCCGAGCCGUUCGCUUCAGGCCCAUCAGCUUAUCCAUUCUUGCCCUCACGAUUCUCACGAACGAAUACACAGCGCUCCCUCGAAGAGAGAGCGUGAUUGCGCAGCUGCAGCUUUGCAAAGGCGGCAGCAGAUGUUGCUGACUCGUCUACCUAGCUCGUCAACAGCGCAGCAGAGGCAUGCGUGCGCCGGCAAGUCCCACCUCCGCGGCGCCGCAUGCUGGAGGAAGCGUGAGAAGCUCCCCGGCUUGAGGGCCGUCAAGCCGCCGCGCGCCGCUCCAGGGAAAGGCGGCAUUGUCCCGGCCAGCGACGAUGACGACGGGGUCAGCCUCGGCACCGUGAAGCUGCCGGGCAACAUCGACAUCGCUCGCUUCGAGUCCUUGCUCUUCCAGUGGGGGAACAGCCUCUGCCAAGGCGCCAACCUGCCACUUCCGGUGCCUCUCAAGGUGGACAAGGUUGAGGGCGGCAUCAGGCUAGGGUUCAUCGCGGUGGACAACGGCGCGACGCAGACGCUGGUCUACAUCGACUGCCUGGUUUCUCCGGCGCCGGACGGCUCCGGGCUGGUAUUCCAAGCGAUCAGGAACGGUCCAAUGAAGGACAAGCAGCCACCUGGGGAGCCCAGGAUCAUGAGAAGCCUCCUUGAGGCUCUCCAAAAGUGCAUUCAGAUUGCUCAAGUUUGACCGUGUAAAUGGCACACGAUUAAGGGCCGCAUCUCUGUAACUACUAAGAGCCCUCUGAAUCCUGUUGUUCUAGUUCUCUCAUGAGCACUUGAGGAAUAAAACAAAUCAAGCUAAGAAAGCUACAGGAAAUUGCACCAUGGUACAGCAUUUCUUCA